CUGCCAGGUAGAAAGGGGCUGAGCUGUGUGAAAGAAGCAGGGCAAGAAAAGUCGACUUACCUGUAGCCCUGGUUCUGGUAUCUCACCCGCGCUGCCUCACUCUAUUAGGCCACCUGCUCCGACUUGAAAGUCCAGUUUCACAAGGAAGAAUCGUGGAGCAAGCAAAAUAUGGCACAGGAGACAGACAAUAAGCGGCUUGUUGUGGUGGUCCCCAAUGAGACAUCAUUCCAUGGGAGACGCCUGUACACCAGUGAGGACGAGGCAUGGCGGUCCUACCUGGAGAACCCGUUGACCGCUGCCACCAAGGCCAUGAUGAGCAUCAACGGAGACGAGGACAGCGCCGCCGCCCUGGGCCUGCUCUAUGAUUACUAUAAGGUUCCUAAAGAAAAGAGAUUGUUGCCUGUUGCCAAAGUAGUGGACAUUUCAGAAGACCAGGAAAAGAGGAGCACUAACAACACCUCUGUAGAGACAGUGGACAACCGUGUCCAGGUGCUGAAGUCUGUCCCUGUGAACCUGUCCCUCAACACCGACCACCUGGACAAGAGGGAGCAGUACGGGGCGGGGGCGGGGCCAGGGGCAGGGCCUUGCACUGCUACUGUGGUGAAGGCAGAAGUCUACUCCCCAGCUUUCAUGAGCCAGGGGGUACACUACCGGGUGGAGGACGAAGAGCAUGGGUCAAGGGUCGUGUAUGAACAGAUGGGCUCCUAUGACGUGUCAACAACGGUCAGUCAUGUAGGAUAUGUAAAGGACGACCAGCAGAGCACACCUGACGACAGCCCAUACGAUGAGGAGAGCGAUGCGAAAUACGACACGCCCACAUCUAUAGCACAGGAUGAGUUUAUCUUCGACCAACAAGUAGUUGACACAUUUCAGUACACGCUGGAAGCAACCAGGUCGCUGCGGGUCAAGCAGGGGGAGGGUCCCAUGACGUACCUAAACAAGGGACAGUUCUACGCUGUCACGCUCAGUGAGCUGGGAGCCAACAAACGCCUGAGACACCCAAUCAGCAAAGUCAGGAGUGUAAUCAUGGUGGUCUUCAGUGAAGACAAGAACAGAGAUGAACAACUGAAGUACUGGAAGUACUGGCACUCCCGUCAGCACACUGCCAAGCAGAGGGUAUUAGAUAUCGCGGACUAUAAAGAGAGUUUCAACACCAUUGGUAAUAUUGAGGAGAUUGCCUACAACGCGGUGUCCUUCACCUGGGAUGUGAACGAAGAGGCCAAGAUCUUCAUCACAGUGAACUGCCUGAGUACAGACUUCUCCUCUCAGAAAGGGGUGAAAGGUCUUCCUCUGAUGAUCCAGAUUGACACCUACAGCUACAACAACCGCUCCAACAGGCCUCUCCACAGGGCCUACUCACAGAUCAAGGUCUUCUGUGACAAGGGGGCAGAGAGAAAGAUAAGGGAUGAGGAAAGGAAACAGAACCGCAAGAAGACUAAAGGCAAGGAGGCUGGGUUGGGGGUGAUAACUCUCCCUAAGAAGUGUGACGCCACAUACUUCAAGACCAUGACAGACCUAGAGGCCCAACCAGUGCUGUUCAUCCCUGACGUCCACUUUGGGAACCUACAGCGAGCCGGACAGGUUUUCGCCUUUAACACAGAGGAGAUGGAGCGUGAAGGUAGUGUAUUGGUGAAGAGGAUGUUCAGACCAUCAGAGGAAGACCUCUCCCCUCCCCCUCACAAACAGAUCAAAGAGGAACCACUCAAGAGAGUGUUGCUGUAUGUUAGGAAGGAGUCAGAUGAAGUGUUUGAUGCUCUGAUGCUUAAGAGUCCGACUCUGAGAGGCCUGAUGGAAGCAAUUUCAGAGAAGUAUGGAGUACCCAUGGAGAGGAUCGCCAAGAUCUACAAGAAAAGCAAAAAAGGGAUCCUUGUCAACAUGGAUGACAACAUCAUAGAACAUUACUCUAACGAAGACACCUUCAUCCUGAGCAUUGAGAGCUACGCUGAAGCCUACAAGGUCACGCUCACUGAGAUCUGAGGUAUGAGGGACAGGCUUUGGACACACCAUAUAAUGCGCUUCCUGCCUCACAGUCAGACCCUUGGUGAUUUGGGGCCAAAUGUCAGUUUAGCCUCGUAAUGCCAUUGGGUGACUGAAGCUAAACGCUAGGAAAUGGACCUUACAUUGACUUUACCACUACAACCUCUGUUGACCCUACCUCAUCUACAUCCAGUAGAUGAAUCAGACCUCCGAAACGUCCAUCUAACACCAGUAAGAGGAAAGGUUGUAUGUCUCCACCUGCAUCUUCUUUUGCUGCAGAAAGGAUCCAAUCAAAUCACUGUAUUUAGCAACUUCCUGUGAGUGGUCACUGUCCAUGACAGGACUAAAAUAUGUGAAACAUCUCAAAUGCAUGUGAAAUAUAAAAUGCUUUAAAGAUAAAAUAGUAUAAAAUAAUAUCCUUAAUCAGAUUAUUGUUUGGUAUUAAAAUUAUUAAAAUAAAAUUAAAAUACAUUAUCUGGCAAUUUUCUUUAUAUUUCACAUGCAUCCAAAAAUAAUAUUUAAAGUGUGAUACAUUUGGAUAUUUCCCAAAUCGGUGGCCUGUUACCAGAUACCCUGCUACCUGAUUCUAAAGCCAUGUUUAUAUCUGUCUCUAACCUAUCUUUUGUCCAUGGUCUUGACCUGAUAUGUUUUGACUUAUGAACUUCAUCAGGGAUCCAAUGAAGGGACCAUUGAGAAAACACAGAAUGGGUUACCUCAGUGGUCCCUGAGUCAUCCUGAGGAUCCUGGAUGGAAUGUGGCAGUGUAUUUAUAAGGAUGUGGUGGAUGACACCACUCAGCCUCUACUGGAAAAAACUACUUUGUUGCUGUUGUAUCUUAAACAUGUACAGUUUUGCAAGGUCUUGUUAGAUUGCCAUGGCUAGCCAUUGUAUUUGUAUUAUCCUGUAUUGUACUGUUGUAUAUAAAGCAUUGUCCAGGCAGGCAGUUGUAUAAUAAUGAACCAUGUGUCAAAUGGAUCCUGAAAUCUAAUUGGUUUCUGCUAACAUUUCUGUCCUCGUCAUCCCAAAUUUAUUUAGUCUCAUGAGCCCUGUUC